AAAAGGAACAAGAAGAUCCAAGAAUUAGAACAGAAUUAAGACAACUAAAACAACGAUUAGACAGUAUAGAAACAAAUUAUAAAUAUAUUUCACAAUUAACAAGACAACAAACUGAUAAAUAUAUUCAAGAAAUUGAAAGGGUCACAAACAGAAAAAUAUUUGAAGCAGAAACAGCUGAAGACAAAAAAGCUUAUCUAUACAAAAUGAUAUCUGCAUUAACAGAAACAAAAGAUGCUAUUCUUUGGAAAAAUAAAGAUCUAGUAAAAAACCUAGAAGAAGAAUAUGGAUAUGCAACUAACCAAGCACUAAACUUGAACAGAAAAGAUUUUGAAGCAAUGCAAGAAGAACUAUUGGGAGUAUCUCUAGAAAACUUAGAUAAAAUACAUAACGUAGAAGAUGAAGAAGAACAAAUAUUCCAAGAACAACAACGAGCCAGAAGACAAGGCUUAGAAUUACCAGAAACAUUACUACCAAAACAUCCAUAUCAUAAAGAAUAUCUACCAACAAUAAACGAACUGCGAGAACCAGAACAAAUAGCAGAUAGAUGGCUACUAGACGAAAACUUCGGACUAAUAUUAGAAUAG